GAAAAUUUACGUAGAUAUUUCUGUUUUCGUUAGUGUUGUUUUGCCAAUUCGUAUAAUACAAAUAGUGGUGAUCGACUUCUUUAACAUAGAUACUUCUUUGACAAUUGGCAAAGCAAUGACAAUUAAGUGACAGAAAAGAGAAAAAAAAGAUAAACUCCAAGGUAGUAAUUUGCGUGGGACACUUUUUGCUUAUAUUGUGAUAUUUUCUUUGGUUUUUCAUUAAUGUUUACUAAAAGACCUAAUUAGCAACACUUUAUGGAAAAUUACGCUUUGAAGGGAUUAGUAAGGAGUCAUUUAAAUGCAACUUAAAAAUGAAAAAUAUGUAGGAAAAUAAGACAUGUCCAUAAAGAUAACGUUAGAAAUUGGCCAUGAAGCAGCUAUUAGAACCAAGAGGACUCCUGAGGGUUUCACCCAUGAUUGGGAGGUGUUUAUUAGAGGAUGUGAUAAUGCUAAUAUUCAAAAUUACAUUGAAAAAGUUAUUUUUCACCUUCAUGAAACGUUCCAAAAACCAAAACGAGUUGUUAAGGAGCCUCCCUAUUCUGUAAAAGAGUCGGGAUAUGCAGGAUUCACCUUACCCAUUGAAAUCUACUUGAGGAACAAAGAUGAACCAAAAAAGAUAACUUUUAACUAUGAUUUAACUUUACAACCAACUGGUCCUGCUAUUUGCAAGUUGCAAAAGGAAAAGUUUGUGUUUAAUAAUCCUUCUGAAGAAUUCCGGCAUAAACUAUUAAAAGGUGGUGGAAUGAUUGUGAACUCCGCUACAUCAGAUGAUAUAAAUCACGAAAAAUCGUCACAUCCUGAUGAUAAAAUUCAGCUCGUAAGCAAACCAAAGCUUAGUAUAGGUGAAAACCCCAGGAAGCAUAAGACUAAGAUUGAGGAACCUCGCAUUUUUAACAGCUUUCAGGAAUUGUUUGGAACUCCAAUUACAAAAACAACCACCAAGGUCUUUUCUGAACCCAAAAGUAAUUCAAAUAACAUUUCAAAAGAUGAUAACAAUAAAUUGUCGACAUCAAAACACGAGAAAGAUAAGGAAAAAGUAAAGAAACAUUCUUCACACAAAUCAAAAGACAAAGAUAAAGUCAAAGAAAAAAGCAAAGCAGAAUGUGAAAAGAAAAGCAAAAGCGAGAAAAAUCGUGAAGACAAAAAGGAGAAAAGAGACAAAGAUGAAAAGAACCGAGAAAAAAAAGAAAAAAAGGAAAAAUCGCCGAGACCAAGGAGUUCAUCACCUAAACAUCUGAGUCCCAAAACUCCUCCUAGCCCCGUCAUAAAACAGGACGAGAAGAAAGAAAAUUUCCUUAAAGAGAAAGAGAGAAAGCUGGAAAAAUCUGAACAAAAAUUACAGGCCAUCGAAAGCAGCAAUAAGAAAAAGGAAAGAUAUGACAAAGACACUUUUGAAAAACGAAAUAAAGAAAAAUCUUUCAUUAAAAGCAGUGAUUCUAAAGAGAACAAAGUGAACAACAAAGAAAAGGAUAAAGGGGAAAUUAAGAAAGAAAAGGACAUUUUUGUACCCCCUCAUAGUAAAAUAGAAAAGAGGGAGAAGAACAAGGAAGUUAUUAAAGAACCUAAAACCCCAACAAUAGAGUCUGAGGAUCUCAUUAAAAAGGAUAAAUCUGAACGAAACGACGAAAAAAAGCAUAAACACAAAAAGAAAGACAAAGAUAAAAAGGAUAAAGAAAAGAAAAAAGAAAGCAAAUCUAAAUCUCAUAAAUCAGAAGAAUCAGCAGUCAACUUGAACUCUUCCGAUAAAAAUUUUGAAAAUAAAGAAAUCUUUCAGGCUGAAGAAGAAAGAAGCAGGAGACUAAAAAACGAAUAUUCUACCCCCAAGUUUACUGAAAAGAGUCCCGAAUUGAAGAAGGAGGUCAACUCAGACAGCUCAGUUUCUUCCCCUGUAAGUGUACACGAAGAGAUACAUUUACCGCCCCCUGAACCGAUCAAGGACGAAUUAGACUCUAAACCGGAAACAUUAACGAAACACAAGAAAGAAAAGAAAGAGAAAAAAUCAAAAGGGGAUAAGGAGAGCAAGAAACUGAAACGCAAGUCUGAGGUAAAGAACGAAAACGAACCCGUGGAGAAAAUUAAAAAGGACGAAACAAAGGAAAACGAAAAGGAAGAUAAUCAACAUAAGGAGCCGGAUGUAAAAGAAGAAGUUGUACCUGCUAAUAAUGAGGUGAAAACUGACGAAGAACCUGCACCACAGGAAGAUGAAGAUGCCGGAGAAAACGAUGAAAACAGGGAAGCAUACAUGAACCGUCUAAAGGAUCUCCAACAGAGAAUAAUGACAUUGGAGGACAACGACGAGCUGCAAAAGGUCGUGGAAUUGAUUGCCAAGACGGGGAAGUACGAAGUGUCUGCGCGAACGUUCGAUUUCGACCUGUGCUUGUUGGAGCGAUCUACGAUCAGAAAAUUGCAAGAAUUUUUCGAUAUCUAAAUGUGGAUAAAUGUCCCUUUGUCGUACUAAUUGUGCUAUACUCCCUCCCUUUAAAUACAUUGUCUUUAUCAUCAACGUAAGAAACUAUCGACUUUUUUUUAACAGGGUGCUAAAUUUAGCACCAGGUUAAAAACGACAAGCGAUUUUAGCAGCAUUGCUAACUUUAACAACUAUAAAUUGAGCUUCGCUAAGUUGAAAAUGGUUACAGUAACGAAACGAUAAAUGUGUUUGACUUUGGAGCACGUCUAUAAAGUAAAGUAAAUUAUGAUUUUUGAAAGAAUGUCUUUUUUAAGGUUGCUUUAAAGCGAUUGGAGGUGUAAAAUUGCAUGUGUGAACUUUAUAAAUGUGUAUUAAAGUCAUCCUAUUUAGCGUUAGUCUUACUUAACAAGCCAGGAGGCAUUCAAACCCGUUUUCUACUUUACGACGGUUCUUACGUUUAUUGUACAUGUCAAAUAAACUGAUAAAUAUUGUCGUAGCAACUUUAUGUAAUAAUGCAUUUCACGAAAAUUAGUCGUCAAAAAAGGUCCCACAUUUAAUUCGUUCUGCAGUGUAUUACGUCACGAAUUGUUUCCUGACGUAAAUGAAAUCGUAUCGUGAAAUGGAGACGCGAAACGUUUCGUGAAAUGCAACUAAUAAAUGGUCAGUGGAAACAAAAACAUUUUUCCAGUCUAUAAUAGUAUUGAACUAUUUUUAAUGGCAAAGCAUAUCUUGAAAAGUAUUGAACAUUUUACAGGCUACACCAAGGAAUUUUUAACAUGGAAUUUUAAUUAACUCGGUGCAUUUCGUGAAAUGUUCUGACGUUUCAUAAAAUGCUACAUUACUCUAUGUGACUGUUGUGAAAAAACAGUUGAACGAGUACUGAAAUUUUAUUCUAAAUAGAUAAUUUUAUUUGUGACACAUCACACGCGUGUGUAUAUAUUUUUGUUUCUUUUCUUUUGGGUAUAUAUUUAGCGUUUUAAUUAGUUAAUGAUUAUUUAGUUAUUAUAUUUAUUUCGAUUCGUUCUAUUUAUUUUCAUUAUUGGUCGUAUAUGUACCAGUUACUAUUAUUUGGAUCUGUUGUAUGUGGAUGAUUGCUUUUGUUUGGUGUGUGCAUUUUGUUAAUUAUAAUAUGCUUUUAUUGUACAUUUUACAAAGGUCUUAAAUAUAUACGAGAGAACGCGAAGAAUGGAUGAAUGGCGGUUUCUUUUUUUUAAGUAAUUUAAUGUUAAAACAUACUCACAAAACUUAAACAAUAAGGUAGCCAAAGAUGUAAAAAACAAAUUUUAGGCUGUGUCGUGAAUGAGGAUGUACAAAUUAAAUUUAUGUUAAAAAUUAUAGAAAUUCCAUUAAAUGCAUGUUUUUUGGCUACCUAUCAUCUAUUUUAUUACGUACCUAGAUGUGAUUAGAUUAAUUCGUUAUAUAACUCUCGCCAAAGGUUUAUUUAAAUUAAUUGUUUCUGUAUAUUGAACAUUUUUUAGUUUACUACAGCCUAAAUAAAUUAGAAAAUUGAGAAAAAAAAAACAUAUAGCCGGUAAAUGCACAUCACAAGGCUGUAGGGAUAAUUAUUUUAUGAACGUAACAAUAAAAAGAAAUAAAAAAUUAAAAUAAAUUUGCAUCACUUAAUUUUUCGCAUACCGUGUACUUUUUGUGAAUAAGCUUUUACUUAUUAAUUUUGUAAAUAUAGUUUUAUUUAUUUCAUCAACUUGUAUUGCGUAGAAUAAUAUUAUGUUUUGUAAAAAAUCUAUACCUUUGCAGUAAUACUUUCUUGAUCAGUUUGCAUAGCUUAUUAUAUGUAAAUAUUUUGUUACGUGUAUAUUUUAAUAGUGUAUUUCGAUCUAGAACUUUUACCAGUUGAGAAUCUCCAAACAGAUUUUCGUAACGUUAUCAAAUGAAUCAUGUCACUACGUUAACAUGUACUGAUUGUAGAUAAUUUUAAAUGCUUUCUUUUGUUGUAGAAAGCUAUUGCAUUUUUUAUUUUAUUUUUUUUUCUUUCAUUAUACAUGUAAACCAUCUCUGUACUCGUUCACAAAUAAAGCAUUAUAUUAUUUAUGGAAAA